AUGCUUUUGGCGCUCUGGUAUAACUCAGUGCAUGCUGCUCCGUCUUUGAUUAGCGACCCCGCCUCCUAUGUCGAUACUCUGAUCGGUACCUUGAACGGUGGCAAUGUUUUCUCAGGUCCGUCAACCCCUUUCGGAAGCAUCAAGCCCGGCCUCGACUCUGACGAAUCGGGCAAUCAAGCUGGUUUCGUACCCGACGGUCACUCGCUGAUCUAUGGCAUCAGUGCACUCCACGAUGAUGGGACCGGAGGACGGCCUUCGCUUGGUAUGUCCUCGCUGCUGCCGCAGCACUGUCAGCUAGACACCAGCGAGCUCGAAUCCAGCUGCAAGUGGAGGAGGCACGCAAGGCGAACCAACAUCACACACUCCUCGGCCAGGAGCGCGCCGGGCGAGUUUCACGUGUCGCUCCACACCUGUAUUGAUGUCAGCAUGGCUGCAUCCGACCACGCCGCUAUCUACAACUUUGAUUUCUCCAACGCUAUACAGCGUGGAUCAUGGCCUCCACCACCUUCCCCGCAGUCAGCUAAGGCAAGGAGGGCCAAUAAUUUGGAGCCCCUUCUCGUGUUUGACUAUAUGACCGACCUACAGAACAGCGGAGGCGCACCCAACAACACGCUCACCACCUCGUCCUUUACCAUACCGGCAACACAGCAUUCAGCGGCUACGGAGGUCACUCGAAUCGAGACCAGCGCCUCAUUUGCUCCCUCAUUUGGUGUCGGCAGGUUCACUGUCUAUACCUGUCUCGACGUGCCCCUAGUGCGAUCCCUUGGAAUCUAUCAGGACGACACUUCCACACCGGACGCGGCGCAGCUUACCGACAUCUACGGAGAGGCCGGCGUCCUUCUAUCGCUUGACCAGGAUCGACUUACUGCUGCACCCUUUCACGGCAUCCUACCUGCCCGCAUGGGCAUCAGCUGGACGUCUACGCAAGCUGCAUGCAACUACGCCACUGUCGAAAUCCCUUCUUUCCCAUCUACAGGCUCCCUCUCCACCGUCGCUGCACAGACCCGUUCAAAAUGGAACCAUCUUCUCGGCGACACUCUGUCCAUCUCCCACCACGGCGUGACCCAAGACGAUCUCAAGCUCUUCUACUCCUCGCUCUAUCGCUCCUUCCUCUCGCCCAACAACGUCACGGGCGACAACCCACGCUUUGAGACAAGCAAGCCAUCGUACGACUCACUCUACUGUAUCUGGGACAGCGCACGCACCGUGCAUCCUCUGUGGACGCUCUUGGCGCCACAUGUGCAGGCAGAGGUGCUGCAGGCCAUUGUCGAGAUCCAAAAGCAGGAGGGCUGGCUGCCCGAUUGCAGGAUGUCGACCAAUCAGGGAUUCACGCAAGGUGGUAGUAAUGCCGAGAUGAUGCUGAGCGACUCGUACGUCAAAGGAGUCCUCAGCAGCGACACGGUGUUUUGGGAGGAUGCGCUGCGGGCCAUCCUCAAAGAUGCCGAGGUCGAGCCGGCUUCUUGGGGGCUCGUGGGCAGAGGUGGUAUCGAAGCACGCGCUAAGCUCGGCUACGUGCCCAGAGGCGACUGGGGCUCGCCUGCUGCUCCCGGCUCUACCCCUGGCCGCACAGCAUCGCGCACUAUUGAGUACGCGUAUAACGACUUCAGCAUCGCGCUCGUCUCGGCCGGUCUGCGGCGUCGACAUCUCUACGACAAGUACACGCGGCUCAGCAACGACACGUUCAACCUGUGGAACUCGACCAUCACCUCGGAUGGGUUUUCGGGCUUCUUGCAGGCACGCGACGAGAACGGCACGUGGUGGUAUCAGGAUCCGAAACGAUGUUCUCCCGCACUCGAACCGAUGGGAUGCUUCCUCGACCGCGGAGACGGCCACGACUUUUACGAGGCCAGCAGUUGGCAGUACUCGUUCUUUGCGCCGCACGACAUGGCCACGGUGGUAAAUCUGAUGGGUGGACACGAACGGUUCGUGGAGCGGUACGACCACAUGUGGGCGAUGGAGUAUGCCGAUAUCGGAGACGAGCCUGGCUUCUUGGCUGCGUAUUCGGCCAACUUCGCGCGUGGCGGGUACGCGCAUACGGUCGACAACAUCGUGCGACUCAUCAGGGGCAAGUUCAACACCACAAAGGCCGGGUUGCCUGGAAACGACGAUGUCGGGGCGAUGGGCAGUCUGGUCGUGUGGACGCAUCUGGGCUUCUUCCCUGUGGCCGGUACGGGUGUGUAUCUGUUGAGUACGCCGCUGCUGAGCCAGUACGCAAUCACCAACCCCUUGACGGGCAGGACAUUCAGGCUGAUCACCAAGGGGUUCGAUAGAGCACAGCGGAACAAGUACAUCGUCGAGGCGAAGUUGGACGGCAGGAGGUAUACCAAGACUUGGCUCUGCCACGACGUCUUUCAGCACGGCUCGACGUUGGAGUUGACCCUGGGGCCGCGACCGAGUAAGACGUUCGGAAUGCGGGACGAAGACUUGCCGCCCAGUCUGAGCACUGGCGGCUUUGCUUACGACUCUCUCCUCGGCUGCUGA